AAUUGGUAUCAACCGAUUAUCCAUGAUCUUGAACAUUCACUUCACAAAGCGAUUAUUGAUUUGGAAAGGGACCAGUGGCCAAGAUUCAAGUCUUACAUGGAAAAUGGCACUGCCAUCAGGACAUUGAGUCUGCUGUUCUUCGACGACGUUACGCAGGAAAACGAAAGAAGGCUGUCAAAAUUCGUUCACGAUAUGCACGAAUGUACCGUAGGAGACAUCAAAACGGUCACUCAUGAAAUGCUGAAAGAUUUCAAACGACUCUAUCGCGAACUACAGGUAAAAUUGAGCUCUUAA